CACAGAUAGAGAGCUGUGUCAUUCGUGGCAAUAAUCAUAACAGUAAUAAUCCGGUUUUAGGCAUCUUUCCUUUUUAUUCAAAUUGAACAAUUUCAAUACCACAAUGGACAGGUUGCAUUCUUCCAUGCGUAAAAGGCUCUACAGUUUGCCACAGCACAUUGGACAGAAAGCCUCGAUCAUGGGCGAGGUAGAAGACGGCGACAAGGACACCCGGAGGAAGAGCAUCAGGAUGAAGCCGUUACCUUCGCCGUCCUCCGCGGGAAGCUGCAAAGGCAUUGGGGAAACCAAAAGCGGAGACGUGAUCAUGGAAACGGACAUCGGGAGACCCGUAAAGACCAGCUCAAAUGGGGACUGCAGGAGGUUUGGAGACAGCCUCUCGUCCAUCACCGGUCGGCACGUCCACGACUCAGACUCUGCGGACGAGAGGCGCCUCAUCACCGAGGGGGACGUCACCCCAAGCGGGGAGAGCCCGCCGGGAGGUCUUGGUUGUGGCGCGGACAUGGGAGCGCAGGGCGGCUGCGGUGCCCAACAGGCAUCUCCCGACCAGCAAACAGGCUUCAUAAAGUUGGAUGGAAUCGACCAAAUUUUGCCGGACGACGAGAGAUUGUAUCAGGCUGGCUUCAUGCACAGGCAGUUCGGAGCAAUGCUGCAACCGGGGGUCAACAAGUUCUCCUUAAGGAUGUUUGGGAGUGAAAAGGCAGUAGAAAGGGAACAAGAGCGGGUUAAAUCCGCCGGAUUUUGGAUAAUUCACCCCUACAGUGAUUUCAGGUUCUACUGGGACCUAACCAUGCUGCUGCUGAUGGUGGGUAACCUGAUCAUCAUCCCGGUCGGAAUCACCUUCUUCAAGGACGAGCACACGCCGCCCUGGAUCGUCUUCAACGUGGUGUCGGACACCUUCUUCCUCAUCGACCUGGUCCUCAACUUCCGCACGGGCAUCGUGAAGGAGGACAACACCGAGAUCAUCCUGGACCCCCAGCAGAUCAAGAUCAAGUACCUGCGGAGCUGGUUCGUGGUGGACUUCAUCUCCUCCAUCCCCGUGGACUACAUCUUCCUCAUCGUGGAGACGCGCAUCGACUCAGACUUCUACAAGACGGCGCGUGCCCUCCGCAUCGUCCGCUUCACCAAGAUCCUGAGCCUGCUGAGGUUGCUCCGCCUCUCGCGGCUCAUUCGCUACAUCCACCAGUGGGAGGAGAUCUUCCACAUGACCUACGACCUGGCCAGCGCCAUGGUGCGCAUCGUCAACCUGAUCGGCAUGAUGCUGCUGCUGUGCCACUGGGACGGCUGCCUGCAGUUCCUGGUGCCCAUGCUGCAGGACUUCCCCGCUGACUGCUGGGUCUCCAAAAACAAGAUGGUGAACGACACUUGGGGCCAGCAGUACUCCUACGCCCUAUUCAAAGCCAUGAGCCACAUGCUGUGCAUCGGCUACGGCAUGUACCCUCCCGUGGGCAUGACGGACGUGUGGCUGACCAUCCUGAGCAUGAUCGUUGGCGCCACCUGCUACGCCAUGUUCGUGGGCCACGCCACCGCGCUCAUACAGUCGCUGGACUCCUCCCGCCGCCAGUACCAGGAGAAGUACAAGCAAGUGGAGCAGUACAUGUCCUUCCACAAGCUCCCAGCCGACAUGAGGCAGAGGAUCCAUGACUACUAUGAGCACCGCUACCAGGGCAAGAUGUUCGAUGAGGAGAGCAUCCUUGGAGAGCUGAAUGAGCCACUGAGGGAGGAGAUCAUCAACUUCAACUGUCGGAAGCUGGUGGCCUCGAUGCCCCUGUUUGCCAACGCGGACCCCAACUUCGUCACCUCCAUGCUGACCAAGCUGCGCUUCGAGGUCUUCCAGCCGGGCGACUACAUCAUCCGCGAGGGGACAAUCGGGAAGAAGAUGUACUUCAUCCAGCACGGGGUGGUGAGCGUCCUCACCAAAGGCAACAAGGAGACCAAGCUCUCCGACGGCUCCUACUUCGGGGAGAUCUGCCUGCUGACCCGGGGCAGGAGGACAGCCAGCGUCCGGGCGGACACCUACUGCCGCCUCUACUCGCUCUCCGUGGACAACUUCAACGAGGUGCUGGAGGAGUUCCCCAUGAUGAGGAGGGCGUUCGAGACGGUGGCGCUGGACCGCCUGGACCGCAUAGGAAAGAAGAACUCCAUCCUGCAGCACAAGGUCCAGCACGACCUCAGCUCGGGCAUGUUCAACUACCAGGAGAACGAGAUCAUCCAGCAGAUAGUGCAGCACGACCGGGACAUGGCCCACUGCGCCCACCUGCUCCAGACUGCUCCGCCCCCCGCCCCCUCCUCGCCCACGCCCGUCAUCUGGGCGCCCCUCAUCCAGGCGCCCCUCCAGGCGGCAGCGGCCACCACCUCGGUGGCCAUCGCCCUGACGCACCACCCGCACCUUCCCGCGGGCCUCUUCCGCCCCCCGGUGUCGGUGCUGGGGUCCAUGAAGGAGCCCUCCAACCGCCUGAAGAGACUACACUCGGUGGUGCCAGCCUCCACCGGCCCCGGCUCAGCCGGCGGCUCGCCCUCCAGCUCCCCUUCCAAGCCACACCCCGGUGUGGACACGCCCCUGCUGGCCUCCUUCCGGGCCCACCACAUGACCGGGGGCGGCACGAGCCAGCAACCCCCCGCCGGCAGCAGCAGCACACAGCCGGUGCCCGGCGCGGCCUCGCCAUUCCCGUUCGGCCAGCUGUCCUCGGCAUCCGGCUCCCCGUCCUCCAGCACGGCCCAGCUCCACCACCAGCCUUCCCAGCAGCAGCAGCAGCCCUUCUCCUGCAGCACCCCGCCCCUCGCCAGCCUCUUCCAGCAGGGGGCGUCAGGGGGAGCUGCGGCGGCCGCCCCCUCCGCCAGCAUCGGUAGCCCCCUGGCCUCCGGCGUCAGCAGCCCCCUGGCCUCCAGCUCAGCCAGCCCCAUGUUCAGCCAGCUGCAGCCCCCACCGCCCAAGCCCCUGCAGGUGGGGUCCCUGCAGCAGUUUGCGGGCGGGGGCAGGACUUCCAGCGGCCUGAACCUCUUCCACACCCCCUCCUCCGGCUCCCCGUCCUCCAGCAAGAGCCAGCUGGCCCAGCCGGCCGUGGGGUCCCCGUCGUCGCUGGUCCAGCACAGCCUGGCCGGCCUGCAGUCGGGCUUCCUCCCGCAGCUGCACCAGGAGCGCUCCGCCCUGGCCUCGCUGGCCCAGUACGGCUCUGGAAACGCGUCCCCCUGCUACACCCCGGUGGCCCCCAGCCCCACUGUCCAAAGCCCGGUCGCGGGGAGAACUUUCCACUACAGCGACCCCUCCAGCGCCGCUGGGUCCCACAGCUCCCUGCUGUUGCCGCAGACGCCGUGCCCCGCCCAGUUUCCCAGCCUGCCCCGGCCCGGGGCCGAGUCCCCGCUGGGCCGCUUCUCGGAGGAUCUGAAACUCAUCUCGACCUCGCACCCGUCCCUGCCCCAGGAGGUGGCCCAGGCCAUGGGCCACUCGCCCUCGCGCUCCUCCAGGGAGUCGGCUUCCUGCUUCUCGCCCUUCUCCUCCCCGACGUUCACGAGCAAACCCUAUAGCCCCGUGCCCGGGCACAUGACUCCCCCCAGACAGACGCCCUCCGGGCCCGUACCUCAGACUCGUUCCCCAGGGGCGUCCCCCGCCCUCCCCCCCCGGAGAGGCUCUCCGGCCUACCCCUCUGAACUAGAGCCUGUUCGCUCCAAGCUUCCCUCCAAUUUGUGA